CGUUUUAUCCCCGCCCACGCGCCCCGCCCGGCUUCCCUCUUCUCUCCAUCGCUCCGGUGCACGGUGCCACCCGCUAUGCCGAUGGGCGGCGCUUCCUCCAACGUCGUAGUGCCGCGCAACUUCCGGUUGCUGGAGGAGCUGGAGCGCGGCGAGAAGGGCAUCGGCGACGGCACCGUCAGCUACGGCAUGGACGACGACGGCGACGACAUCUUCAUGCGCUCCUGGACCGGCACCAUCAUAGGCCCACUCAACUCUGUGCACGAGGGCCGCAUCUACCAGCUGAAGCUCUUCUGCGACAAGGACUACCCCGACAAGCCACCCACCGUGCGCUUCCACUCCAGGAUCAACAUGGCAUGCGUCAACCCUGACACCGGACUGGUUGAAGGCAACAAGCUCCAUAUGUUGGCAAACUGGCAGAGGGAGUACACUAUGGAGAACAUCCUGACACAGCUGAAGAAGGAGAUGGCAGCGCCGCACAACCGUAAGCUGGUUCAGCCCCCAGAAGGGACCUUCUUCUAGCUAGUUUUAUACCGUGACCUGAGGGUACGUCAUGCACGGAUCAUAUCAUCCCCAAAUCUGUGGCCCUGAUAGUUGGGUAGUGCAUUUGCUGAUGGCUUGGUUUGAACGCUGAGAUUGAAUAACACGAGACCUCCUCCUGUACGUGGCACCGUUAAGAUUCCAAUGUUUUGUGCAAGUAUGUUUAACACUUCAAUUUUCUUGUCGACAUGGCAGCAUGGGCACUGCCCACUAGGGGCUCGUCGGCUUCAAUUUAGCUGGGAAUGGGAAGCAGCAUGGGGCUUUCUGCUUUGGGUCGGCAGCACAGCACGUGUCUGAAUUCAGAAAUCCGCACGAGCCACGAGCUGCAAUCAGAUUGAGCCCAAUUUUCAGUACCAAUAAUAAAAUAAAACGAGGAAGCUGAUCGACACUAGUGUGUGGAACGAAAAGCUCACUGUCAGGAAGCCGCCCAAACUGCACCGGACGUAACGAGAGAUGCGAGAUGCGUACGCGCAGUCAAAGUUGGACCGAGUAACGUACGCUAGCAGGAGGCAGGAUAUGAUGAUUGUUUGCUGCAAGAGAGAAAAAAUAAACGAUGCAGGCCGUCCGAAACGGUCUACCAACCACGCGAGACACAGGCAGACAGAAUGACCGGACGACCGGCUGGGAGGAAGACUCACCAAACGCGAACGGGGACGACCUGCUGCUGAAUUGCUGGAGGAGUAGAGUUCUAGUAGUACUAGUACACGGAAGGAACUACUACUAGUGCAGUGUGGCCGGUCAAGUCCAUUCCGGAGGCUUCUGCCGUUCCUUUCCCCACGCCUGCCUGCCGCGAGCGUAUUGUAAAAAAAAAAAAAAAA